AUGAGCGAGGAACGUCUUUCUGGUGGCAGUGGCAGCAGUACUCCGUUACUGCAAUCCAAAUUUGAGGAGCAGUAUCAUGUUAAAAGAACGGGGACAGUGUGGACGGCAGUGGCGCACAUAGUGACAGGAGUGAUAGGGUCAGGAGUGUUGUCGUUGGCAUGGAGUAUUGCACAGAUUGGAUGGAUUGCUGGACCAUUAGCGAUUCUUUUGUUCGCUUGUGUUACUCUUCUUUCUGCUUUUCUUCUCAGUGAUACUUAUCGUUCUCCUGAUCCUGAAUCUGGUCCUCUUCGAAGUUCUUCUUACCUUGAUGCUGUUAAUUUGCACAAGGGAGAAGGAAAUGGGCGUCUCUGCAGUGUUUUUGUAAAUAUAUGCUUAUAUGGUUUUGGAAUUGCCUACAUCAUUACAGCUUCCAUCAGCAUAAGGUCGAUCCAGGAAUCAGCAUGUUACCAUAGCAAAGGGAAUGAAGGAACAUCAAUAAUGUCCUUUGCUUAUGCUUUCAUUGGAAUGGGACUCGCCACUGAUAAAAUCACCGAAAACGGACAUUUUAAGGGUAACAUUAGAGGUGUGCCAACUUUGACUGGAAUGGAAAAAGUAUGGCUGGUUGCGCAAGCACUUGGUGACACAGCCUUCGCUUAUCCAUUCUCAGUAAUUCUUAUAGAAAUUCAGGACACUUUGAAAUCGCCUCCAGCGGAAAACGUAACCAUGAGGAGGGCAUCAACAAUAUCGGUUAUCAUCACAACAUUGUUUUACCUGUGCUGCGGCUGUGCUGGUUAUGCCGCUUUUGGUAAUGAUACACCGGGAAAUCUUUUAACAGGCUUUGCAACUUACAAGCUUUAUUGGCUAGUAGACUUCGCCAAUGCUUGUAUAGUUAUUCACCUAGUUGGUGCAUACCAGGUGUAUAGCCAGCCACUUUACGCGAAUGUUGAGAACUGGUUACGAUUUAGAUUCCCGGAUAGUGGAUUUGUGAAUUACACGCACGACUUGAAACUCCCAUUGCUACCAAAUUUUCAACUAAGUCCACUAAGGCUAUGUUUCCGAACAUUUUAUGUCGUGACGACGACUGUGAUUGCGAUGCUGUUUCCAUACUUCAACCAGAUUUUGGGAGUUUUGGCAGGCAUAAUAUACUAUCCAUUAACCAUAUAUUUCCCAGUGGAAAUGUAUAUUAGUCAGUGUAACAUUGAACCAUGGACAAGCAAGUGGAUUUGGCUUAGGACUUUUAGCACUGUUGGCUUUGUGGUGGGAGCUUUCACUCUCAUUGGAUCCAUUCAAGGGAUAAUAUCUGCAAAACUAAGCUGA